UAUUUUCAGUUUUGAUUUCAUUUUGAUUAUACUACAAAAAGUUAAUAAAGUUUCUAUGAAAUUUAAUUUAGAAUAUGUGGAAUUCUGGAAAAUGCUGCGCCUUGGGUUUACCCAAAAUCCUUGAGAAUGAGAGUGAAAUACUAACAGUUAGCGAAUUGCCAGCAAAUACUAGUUUCAAUGAAGAAGAGGAAACCGAUUUGGAUUCCAUCUAUGAUGAACUAGAGACUAUGAAACAGAAGUUGCUAACAUUACGCAGUAAAUUGAUAAUAACACCAAUGGACAAAUGUCAACAAAAGAUGGAGAAGGAGGAGCAGGAGGAGCAGGAGGACAGCGUAGAUGAAAUGCUCACACCUGUUCAGCAGCAACUCAAUACAUUGAGGCGCCAAAAUUGUAUCCUUAGAUGUCAACUACACGAAAUGGCUAAGCAUCUGUAUGCCACACGAAAGGACAUCGAGGAGUAUAAAGCCUUGCAAUGUCAACUCACACAAAAUUUGCAAAAAUUUUGCAAAGAAUUGAAGAUCUUUGAUGCCUUUAAAGCAAAUGCCAUACAUCAUUUUGGCUUAUGCAUUGAACGUUGGGAACAGCAUAAAAAUAGUAAAAUCUUGGCGAAAACCUUUAUGGAUAUGAUGUGCAAAUUUCGUAUAUCUUCCACGGGAAUGCAUCGUGGUCAUGUGACCCUAAAUUGCCAUCAGCAAGUACGUAAUGAUGCGAUAAUGGAAUUAGUAUUGAUUCGUGUCUUGCUAUGCCAUAUAUAUGAGACUCUGAUGGAUAAUUUCAAUUUCUUUGCCAGGCGUAUGAGUUCAAAAAUGACUGACGAUAGCUGGAACUCCUUUUUGGACCAUGGCAGCAUGUAUAUUAAAUCACCAAACAAUUCUUUUAUAUCCCAUUAUUCCCUUUUGCGCGAUUAAAAGAAAUCUCUGCACUUGGUUUAAUUUA